CUUCUGAUAAAACCUUCUAUUUAUUGGAAAUCGAGAUCAUUUUCUAGAUUAGAAGUAAAGAUGAACUUUCUAGCUAUUAGUUCACUGGUUUUAUUGGCUGCGGCCAUUUGCGCGGGCGAACCCAGCCCCCAAAUCAUCCCUAUACCGGGUGGCCUGACCGGCAACGGCCCCACCACGCGCUACUGGGACUGCUGCAAGCCCACCUGCGCCUGGCCCGGCAACGUCGGCUACAAGACCCCGAUCAAGUCCUGCCAGGCGGACGGUGUCACCGCCAACGAUCCGGAGAUUCAGUCGGGCUGCGAGGCUGAUGGGCAUUCCUACGUGUGCACCAAUCAGGCGGGCUUCGUGGUGAACUCGACCUUGGCGUACGGAUUCGUGGCUGCGCGGUUCGUCGGAGUGAAGAGGAACAUGUGCUGCUCAUGCGUACUGUUCUCCUUCCAGCAGGAGCAGCUGAAGGACAAGAAGAUGCUCGUACAGGUGACCAACACCGGCAACGCCCCUGAAACCGGCACGAACCUGUUCGACAUCGCGAUGCCCGGCAGCGGCGUCGGUUACUACACGCAGGGCUGCACGUCGCAGUGGAACUCUGACGUCAGCAACUGGGGCGACCAGUACGGAGGCGUCAACAGCGCCGAAGAGUGCUACAAGCUGCCACAGAACCUGUGGGAAGGCUGUCUGUUCAGGUUCCAGUGGAUGGAGGGUGUGUCCAAUCCCGAUAUCACUUUCGUGGAGGUGCAGUGUCCCAAGGAGCUUCUUGAUAUUAGUGGUUGUAGUCCAGUUGGUUGAGGCGAGAAUUCAAUAUAAUGAUAUAAUAUGAAAGCUCCUGACUUUUAUUUGUAUAUUCCGUGGAAAAAUUCAUAAGAAGAAAUACAAAACAAAUAUAUACACAAGUCAGAUUACAGAAAUCGGAUGUUUUCAUAUUCAAUUGACUGUUUUACGUACGCACGAUGAACAGCUACUUCAUUGAAUAGACAUGGCGUAAUAUAAUACAAUGCUUUUAUUGCUGUUUUGAUCUAAAAUGAGGAAAAAACUCGACUAGAACACAUGGCGUA